AUGGAGUUAGUCCGUGGUGAACGUGUUCUAGAAGUUGAUUCGCCCCCAUUUAUCGUUAAUCCUUUAAGUGUUUCGGCUCAAAGCAGUGGUAAGAAAAGAUUGAUUCUUGAUUUAAGACACGUGAACUAUUUUUUGAAGAAGCAGAAGGUUAAAUACGAGGACUGGAAAGUAGCUCUUUCUUAUUUCCAUAAAGGAUCRUUCAUGUUUUCRUUUGAUCUCAAGRGUGGAUAUCACCAYAUUGAGAUUCAUCCAAAUUACCAUUGUUUUUUGGGGUUUUCUUGGAAAUUUCAAGGGGACAGUUCAUUCCGAUUUUUUGUUUUCACGGUCCUGCCGUUUGGCCUCUCCACGGCGCCCCACAUUUUUACAAAAGUUCUUAAACCAUUGGAGAAGUACUGGAGGAUWCAAGGGAUUAAUAUGGCCUUGUKUCUUGAUGAUGGAUUGUUUUUGGAARAYUCUGAAUCCACAUGCASUUUAGUGUCUCAACAGGUUAAAAGGGACUWAAUUAGUGCAGGUCUUGUUACUAAUGAUGGGAAGUCAAUUUGGGAUCCGCAGCARUCUAUCCAGUGGUURGGUUURGUGUGGGAUARUGCCCAAGGAACUUUGCGCAUCUCUGAYCAAAGAAUUGAWAGUAUAAAGAAUGCUAUUUUGCGUAUYUUUGGCARUCAGUGUAUCGUCUCAGCUCGGGAAUUAAGUUCUUUUGUGGGAAAGAUUAUUUCUGCUGGGGUUGUAUAUGGGAAUCUUUCAAGAAUAAUGACCAGAUAUUGUUCCAUUUCCAUUGCUGCUGCCCAAGACUGGGAUAGCAAAUUUGAUCUCGAUGAGUAUUGCACAAGGGAAAUCAAGUUUUGGGAGCGCAACGUGGGUCCGUUGAACCUUAAACGUAUUUCACAUGAUUUUGCUCUGAAAUCCCAUUUCAUAGUUUGUUCUGAUGCGAGUGGAGUUGGGUGCGGAGCCCAUCUCGAUUUCGAUGGAGAGAAAGUAUGUCAUAAACAAUGGGAAGAUGACGAACGCAUUAAGAGUUCUACGUGGAGAGAGCUGUCUGCUAUUGAGUUUGGAAUUGAGUCAUUUUUACCAUUAAUUAGGAACUGUUAUGUUAAAUGGUUUUCUGAUAGCCAAACUGCGUGUAGAAUUAUUCAAGUGGGGAGCAUGAAGAAGGAUCUCCAUGUUAUAGCCACAAGGGUUUUUCAGCUCUGUGCGUCCAACAAUAUCCAGCUCGAAAUUCAAUGGCUCCUUCGUAGCGAAAUUGAUAGGGCCGAUUACAUCAGUCGCCUGAUAGACGUAGAUGAUUGGCAAAUAUCGGAUCCGUGUUUUCAGCGUUUGGAGGAACUUUGGGGUCCCCAUUCUAUUGAUUGCUUKGCGAAUUAUUAMAACAAGAAACURUCUAGAUUUUAUUCUAGAUUUUGGAAUCCAGGAUGUGAGGGCGUGGAUUUCUUUGUUCAAAGAUUAUGYGGAGAGAACUGUUUAGUUGUUCCGCCAGUAGACAUGAUCRGGAAGGCUAUUAAUUUCCUUUUCAUUAACCAUGCAGUGUGUACUUUGGUUGUUCCAUUUUGGCCUUCCUCGUAUUUUUGGCCUAUUAUUUCUAGGAUUUAUGUUSAUUAUAUUAUAGGUCGUGAAGUUUUCGAUGGCAGUUUUGCUUUACGUCAUGGUCGGAAUUUAAAUUCUUUGUUAGGUUCGGAUCGUUAUAAGGGGCAGGUCCUUGCCCUUCGUUUUGAUUUCAGUGGUUCGCCCUAG